CCUGUCUCUCUCUCUCUCUCUUCUCUCUCUCUCUGUGUGAGUGUGUGUGUGUCUCUCUCUCUUUCUUCCCCCCCUCUCCCCUCCCUCCCAAGCUCUCUAACAUUAAAGCGAAAAUGCUUCUUUCUGUGCCUCCUCGUGCAGGAAUUGCCACUUUUGGCUACAACAAGAGCAACAAGAAGCCUUAUGUCUCAGUGGCCCAGCAGAUGGCACCCCCAAGCCCCAGUGGCAGCUGCAACAACAACAGUAGCAGCAGCAGCAGCAGCGGGCCAGGUGGUGGCGGAGGUGGCGGGGACCAGCUGAGCAAAACAAAUUUGUAUAUCCGGGGCCUGCAUCCUGGUACCACCGAUCAGGAUCUUGUCAAACUCUGCCAACCAUACGGCAAAAUUGUCUCCACCAAGGCCAUUCUGGAUAAAACAACCAACAAAUGCAAAGGUUAUGGCUUUGUGGAUUUUGACAGUCCCACAGCAGCUCAGAAAGCCGUGACUGCACUCAAGGCCAGUGGGGUCCAAGCCCAGAUGGCCAAGCAACAGGAGCAGGAUCCUACCAACCUCUACCUGUCAAACUUGCCUUUGGGCAUGGAUGAGGCUGAAUUGGAGUCGAUGCUGAAGCCAUUUGGACAAGUCAUCUCUACACGUAUCCUGCGUGAUGCCAGCGGCACCAGCCGGGGAGUUGGCUUUGCCAGGAUGGAGUCUACAGAAAAGUGUGAAGCCAUCAUCACUCACUUCAAUGGCAAAUAUAUCAAGACGCCUCCGGGGGUCCCAGCUCCUCCAGAUCCAUUGCUUUGCAAAUUUGCUGAUGGUGGCCAGAAGAAGCGCCAGAAUCAGGGCAAAUAUGUGCAGAAUGGACGAGCCUGGCCAAGGGAAAGUGAUACGGGUGGGAUGACCUUGACUUAUGACCCUACAACAGCGUUACAAAACGGGUUCUAUACAACGCCCUACAGCCUGGCCCCGAACAGGAUGAUUGCCCAGACUGCGCUCUCCCCUUAUCUCCCAUCACCUGUUUCCUCUUACCAGGUCCACAGUCCAUCUUGGAUGCACCAUCAGUCAUACCUCAUGCAGCCCACGCAGGGGACGGUGCUCACACCUGCCAUGGACCACGCCAUUUCCAUCCAGCCCACUUCCAUGAUGGGGCCUCUAACCCAACAGCUGGGCCAUCUGUCCCUCAGCAGUGCUGGCACAUAUAUGCCAGCGGCAGCAGCUAUGCAAGGAGCCUAUAUUCCCCAGUAUACACCGGUGCCUUCCUCUAGUGUCGCGGUCGAGGAGAACAGUGGCCAGCAGAGCCACGUGACAGUGGAGUCUCCAUCGGAUCAUGCUGCCUACUCGUAUCAGUACAACAAGUAACAACAGUGCCACCGAGCAGCUCAGCUCUGAGCAAUCACUUCGAGGGAGACAACUUUCUUUUUGUUAAAUUUUGUGCUGCGUUUAGAAGACGUUGGAACCAUUUUUGUUUUUGUUUUUGUUUUUGUUUUUGUUUCUUUUCUUCUUUUUCUUUUUCUUUUUGGCAAAGAAAAAAGGUUGUUUUGUUUUUUAAAAAGGAAAUAACCGCAAUAGACUUUUGUCACCGAGGAACCAAAGGAGGUUAGAAUGGGGGUACAAAAAAUAUACCCCCAACCCUUAGAUGUACAGAUGGACUAAGGACUAUUUUAAUACGAGAACGUGUGUGUGCGUGUGUGUGCGUGUGUGUGCGUGUGUGUGCGUGCGCGUUUAUUUUCUUGAUAACAGCAAAGUCAAACGCUUUGGAUGCCCCAGAAUUCCCCAGAGAAGAAAAGAUUUUUUUCCCCUUCUUUUGGAAAGAUGGUUCGGUACCUCUGGGAGGAAGGUUUUUUUGCUCCUUUGAAUUCAUUUUGUUUUCUUUGGUCAUGUAAAAGAUUUUUUAAAGGACAAAUAUGCAAAAGUGUUUGAAUAUUUUUUUUUGUUGUUGUUUUAUAAGGAAAAAAUGCUCUGAAAAAGCCCCACCUCGCAGCUGUAGGAUAAAAAUCAGUGCAGAGUUCUUUUUUCUUCUUCCUUGGGGUGGGAGUGGGGAGGGAAUUUUGCUUUGAAAGGAUUAUUUUAUUAUUUCAAGAGGGUAUUUUUUUUCUAAAAAAGACAAAUUUACAAAAAAAUAAAAAAGAGGAAAUUUACAAAAAAAAUUCAGAAAAAAGGAAAUAAAAAAAAAUUGAACUUUGGCGGCAGCAAGAGGGGUUUGCUUAACGCUUGUCAAGCUGGAAUGAAAUGAUGCGGCUGGAGGCAUCUGAUGAACUUAAUCCUUUUUUUUUGGCAUAAAUUUUGCCUCAGCUGAGAGAGAGAGAAACAGUUUGCUCCAGACCUCAAUUUCUGCCCUCUGUCCAAUUGGACUGUUUUUUGCUGGAUGUUUUGGACUCUGAUUUGAGCUUCUGUGCAGACCUGUCUUUGCUUCCUUGGGGAGCUCCCCUUGCCUGCCCUGUCCUGCCCUGGACCAGGGGAACAAUAAAUGGACUACGGAAUCUGCCGCCAGUGAUGUGUCAUCACCUCUGGACUCUUGGACGUUGAAUGGACGGACACGUUGCCAGCAGCAGUGCUUCUCCCUGUCCCCAUCCCUAGGAUACACACACACACACGCACACACUCUUACACACACACACACACACACACACACAGUGCCUUCUGCUGCCUGCGGUCCGGACUGUGCUGCCGUAAGCCCCCCAGUUCCUGCAUGCCUGUCAAGCCCAGGUACACGGUGCGUCCAUUCUCUCGACCAAGUCAGCUGGGAGCAGGUGCUUAUCCUUCUGCCUGGCUGGCGGGGACUGUGGGAGGCCCGUCCUGAUUGCUGUAAACCGAGCAACCAAGGAGCAUUGAGCACCUUGCAGGGGGACGGCCAAGCUCCCCGCUCCCCCCCCACCAGAGAUCCUAGUUACUAUGCACGUUAUGCCUUCCCUCCCCCAGCCCUUGAUUGCUGGCACCCUGAUUUGCAAUAGGAGGAGACUAUGUGCAAUAAUCCAGCCUUUCCUACUGCGUGUUUCCCUGCAGAGCCUCCUGAAGGUACCAAGUGCUUUAGACACCUCUGCAUGUUUCCUUCCCCCUCCCCCAACCAGAUGGUGCUAAAAGUCAUCCUCUCUUCCACCAUAAAGUCACCCCAGCCCAGCUGGCAUGUAGCUGACCCUUUCAUCAGGUUGCCCAGUGUUGCUUCCCCCCCCCCCCAUGGGCUAUGACCACAAGAAACCUUGUCCCCUUUUCUCUCCUCCCCCUCCCCCAUGCUGGCCCCUUCCUUUGAAGAAAUAGCUCUUAUGCAGCUGACAAUCAGGAAGGAGCAAUGGCAGAGGCCAUACGGGUGUCACAUGAGUCUAGGAAAGCAGAAGUGUGUGCGCAUGGGUCCCUAUCUGUCUUUGUGUGUGUACCAUCCAUGUGGUGAGGGAGCGGAGACAGAACCGUGGUAGGAUGACAUUUGAGAAGGUGGCAUAAAUACAUCGGUGUAAUUGGACUUGUGCAUUUCUCAGGAUCCUUUUGUUGUCUUAACCAUUUUUAAAGCGUGGUCCUGACUGAGCAGGAGCAGUUUUACCUCCUGUUUGAGGUUUUGGGAGGUUUCAGUUAGCCCCAUCCUCACAACCCUUCAGCCAGGCUAGUUUGUAUCUCUUCCUACAUUGCUCGUGACCCACAGACGGGAGGUGCAACCGUUUCCCUGUUAACUAUUACUGAUACCCAGGAGAAAAAGGCAAGACAGGCAGAAGCCCAGGCAAAUUAGCAGAUCAAAACGCUGUGUUUAUUGUCCCUUCCUCCAGCCUGGCAAGACUGCCCUGGUAAGCAUAACAAUCCCCCGCCCCCUAGUGCUGAGAUAGACUGAAGUGCCUUUCUUGGGGCAUGCAAGCUUGCCUUCAUCUGCAUUUCAUUUUAUUUUCUAUGGGCCUCAUCUGUGGCCAGAGUUUUGCAAUGUCCGGUCUGAAAAGUGGGUUGGGGUGGAUAGUUGAAGAAACAAAUUAAAAAAUCCAGUAACUGAGAUUCUAGUUUCAACUGACCCUAGCUCUUUGGGAGGCAAAGGUAGAGGAAAAUACGGUUUCUGCAGGACUUGUAAAAGAACGGGGACUUCUCAGAUAGGUGAAGGCUUCAUAGCUGCCCCCCGCCCCCCGGCUCUUUAUUUGCCUGUGACGCUGGCGUGCCAAACUACACGAACUUCAUGGACAUUGAAGCACCUCACGUCUGCACUCGGAGCAAAUACUUAGAGCAAGCUAUAAAAGGAUUCAGGUUGGGCAAUUGGUUCUAAGUAUGCUCCAAGCAUGGGCUGCAGCCCCAGAGUACAUCAGGGUACACUUGGGCCUUGCCAAACCACUCUCCUGCCCCCCACCCCAUUUUCUGAGUAGCUUUUAGAAAGGAUAUAGCAGAUACUCCCAACCUUGAGUUUCCUCUUUAAUCCCCUAGGACCACUUCUCAUGCGCUCCAGAUGGGUUAGAGCAGUGUUUCUCCACCUUGGCAACUCUAAGAUGUGUGGACUUCAACUUCCAGAAUUCCCCAGCCAUUCCCCAUGCUGGCUGGGGAAUUCUGGGAGUUGAAGUCCACAAAACUUAGAGUUGCCAAGGUGGAGAAACACUGGGUUAGAGCACAGCUCCACAUCUGGAAGACACCAGGUUGAGGAAAGAUGUCCUGUGAAGUUUUCUUCCCUUCACAGGGAGGCCUCAGAGUGAGUAAGAGCUGUAGAAAAGCAUCCCCCCCCCCUUUUUGUUUUGAUGGGAUUCAUGCUGCCAAAUUUCCUGACAGAUUAGGGCUCAUAGCUCAUAGCUGCUUGUCCAAAUCCACCAGGCAAGAUCUUGCUAAAACAAUUAACAGUAAGCGGUUAGCCAAAUCCAUGUUUGUAAAAAGAUAAAAAGGAGGAUAUUGCCUACAGGGUCUCGUAAUCCUUAAAUUUGAUUCCUGCAAAUUGAUGAGUUUACAAUUAAGAUUCUCCUGGCUUUUGUUAAUAAACUUAAUUUUAAUCACCA